UAAUAUAUACCAGUGAUCGUCUCUCUGUUUCUCAUUUCUUUCUUCUGAAAACCCUAAUUUUCUCAAAUCUGAAUUAUCCAUAAAGCUUGGAGCUUUCUUGCUCACCGAUCAAUGGGUCGCGGCUCAGCAACCUCACUCGCUCCCGGGUUCCGUUUCCACCCUACAGACGAAGAACUCGUCCGCUACUACCUCAAGCGCAAGGUCUGCAACAAGCCCUUCAACUUCGACGCCAUCUCCGUCGCCGAUGUCUACAAAUCCGAGCCUUGGGACCUACCAGGUUUUGAUUCGAUUGUGUUUGUAGACAAGUCGAAGCUUAAAGGCAGAGACUUGGAGUGGUACUUCUUCAGCAUGCUCGAUAAGAAGUACAGCAACGGCUCCAAGACGAAUCGUGCCACUGAGAGAGGCUAUUGGAAGACUACAGGGAAGGAUAGGGAGAUUCGUAAUGGGACGAGAGUUGUAGGGAUGAAGAAGACGCUUGUUUAUCAUAAAGGUCGAGCUCCACGUGGCGAGAGGAGUAAUUGGGUUAUGCAUGAGUAUAGGCUUACUGAUGAUGAGUUGAAGAUUGCUGGUGCCCCACAAGAUGCGUUUGUGCUGUGUAGGGUGUUCCAGAAGAGUGGUACAGGGGAUAAGUACGGUGCUCCUUGUCUUGAGGAGGAGUGGGAAGAGGAUACAAUGACGUUUGCACCUGAACAAGAGGCUCUCAGUGAAGGAUUGGGUGUUGAUGAUGAUGUUUAUCUCGAGAAGCCUGAGAGUCUGGUGGUUUAUGAUGCCAUUCCUGUUCAGAGUAAUUACUGUCCUGGAGAAUCAAGCAAUAACGUUGAAUCAGGAAACUAUGAAGACUGUGGAAACUAUGUUGUGGACUUUGAACAACCAAUUGAGGAGGAGGAGGAGGAGGAGCAGAAGCCUAUUAUCCGGGACGGUAGCAUUCAGCCUUGUUCUCUGUUUCCCGGUGAACAAAUUGGUUGUGGUGUGGAAGAUGAGAAGGCAGUGAAUCUGGAAGCUUCCAACGAUAAUGUGUUUGUGGCUGAUACUUGCUACGGUGACAUUCCUACUGAUGAUGCCAGCUAUAUGCCUGAAGAGCCAUUCAUCGAAGAUGAUUUUAACUUUGAAGAUUAUCUUAACUUCUUUGACGAUGAGGAUGCUCAGAAUUGGUCUCUUGAUGUUUCUCAAUUGUUGGGAUCUGAAGAAGGACUCGACCAGAAACAGCCUUCCCCUGAAGAACUGGAGAAGGAGAAGGAAAGUGGCGAAGGAUCUUCUUCAAAACAAGAUGCAGAUGUCACUGACUUGGAUUCAGCUUCAAAGCACCCUUUCCUCAAAAAGGGCAGCCACAUGUUUGCUCCACCUUCAUUUGCUUCUUCCCAGUUCCAAACAAAGGAAGCUGCAAUCAGGCUACACGCAGCGCAAUCUUCAGGUUCGGUUCACGUUACUGCAGGUAUGAUCAGAAUAUCAAACAUGACAACUCUAGCGGCGGAGAGCAGUAUGGGCUGGUCAUAUGACAAGAACGGUAACCUCAACGUAGUCCUGUCUCUCGGCUUGGUCCAAAGCAAGACUGGAGGAACUACAGCAACAAGAGCUAUGUUUAUCUUCAUGUGUUUUUGGAUUCUCUUACUUUAUGUUAGCUUCAAAAUAGGAACCAUAGUCUCUGCUCUGUAAUAGCAUCAAAAGUUGAAUCGUAUGGGGAAAAACUUUUGUAAGUGUUUGUACCUCUCUAAUUAUGUAGACUUCAGUCUGGCAGUGCUUUGCUGCCCAAUAGCUUGAGUUCUCUUUACA